AUGGUCCUUUCGGAUCCCGCGAGGGACGAGAGAAAGCAACACCUUGUCCUCAGAGAUCAAGGAGCGUGGGAAGGAAGGUCGGGGACACCCUCCCCCGCCUGCCUGCCUGCCUGCCUGGGACUGGGUCGCUCGUCUCCCUCUUCUCCCGCCUCGCCUACUGGUGGAGACGUCCUAAGAGAGCCGAGCGCGGACCAGAGUGCUGCCGCGAGUGGGUCAUCGCUCGCGGGAGGGACUGCGCUGCCUGGGUGGGGAAGGCGGGCGAGGAGAAGCCAGGAGGAGCCCGCGGUUCUCUCUCUCUCGAUCGAUCCCUCUCUCUCUUCUCUGGCUUCCCUUCCGUCUACCAAGGGGAUCGGGAGAGCCGCUGCGCCUCUUGAGGGGCUGCUCCCCGCGGUGCUGCUCCUGCUCCCGCUCCUGCUGCUGCUGCAGGGAGAGAACAAUGAAGGAGGCAGAGGCGCCCGCCGGCUGCCAGGCGCGCUGUAUACAAACAGAGGCGGCGUGCGCCUGUCUGAAGCACAGCUCCGCACUCUGGCCGCCUCCUCCGCCGCCGCCGCCUCCGCCCCGAUCCCGCCUCACAGCCGCCGCCUCCUUUGGGCCAAGAGGACGGGAGGACCGCGGACACCACACCCAGCCCUCUCAUUGGUCCAUCUUCGGGGCGACGCGGUGGAAGAGGAGGGGGAGGAAGAAGAAGAAGAGGAGGAGAGGUUUGGAGGCAAAGGCAGCCCAUCUCCAGGCGCCAAACGUGGGAGACCAAGGAGGAAAGAAAGGAGGCGAAUUACCAGCCAAUCCCCCAAAGUACAGAACCUAACCAUUGUGGGCUUCAAGUCAGAAAGAUGGGCUUUGCCUCAAGCCUGGAAGAGAUCCGGAUUCCCUGCUUAGUGAGGUCUUCCUCACCAGAAAAAAACUCAACUCUGAAAAGCAGUUGUUCGUGAGAACAGAGAGCUCAACAAAUUGGAUUCCCUAAUUAUGUAAUUGAAUAUGUUUUCUAGUAAGGUAGCUUUUCUUCUAUUGACUGCACACUUGGAUGGCUGCAGAUCAAGAAAGGCUACAUCAUACCUGUGCCACUAUUGGAUUUAACCUAGUGCUGAGUUUAAUUGAUUUCACUGUGUGCCAAAUAUAAAUUUUGUUGUAGAUAAUAUUCCUUUUUGUUUUUCUCAAAAUGAUGUUAUUUUAUUGUUAUUCUGGCAUUUCUGUUCGACUGAUUUAUUUGAAUGUAUAGAUAAUACUUUGAGGAAAUAUGUAACAGAAACUAGAAGUGCUGCACAAUGGUUUUAUUGAGCAUGCCCUAUUUAAUCUGGGGAAAACUUCAUAAGUAAUUAAUGUCAAUCAUUUCAAGUAAGUGCCAAUAAACUUCACACUGUCACACAACAUGCAUUCAGCUUAUGCCUUCCAGUUCACAGAAAAAGCUUUCAGAGCAUAUUUAAAGUUUCAAAGCAUACCCUGGACUUGAUGUAAUCUUCAGCAUAAAACAGUGGAAGCCAGAGUUUGUCAUCUGUCUCCUUUCUCUGCAGAUACCAAGAACAAAUAUCUUGAAAAAUAGACUACGGACUGGAUUCUACAAAGGCAGAGUUUCAUGUGAUCACUGCAAUAAUCAGGUAGCAGUGAGAAACCAAGUGGGAGAUUUUAUACACACACACACACACACACACACACA